AUGGCCAGCACCGCUACUUUUGGCUUGAAAGACGCGUCCCUCGUCCAGACGCAAGGGUUCAUUGACGGGAAGUGGGUCGAUGCGCAUGAAGGUGGCACUAUCAAGGUUUCCAACCCUGCAACUGAAGAGGAGCUCGGUGCUGUCCCAGAAAUGGGCCUUACUGAGACGAAGCAGGCAAUUGACGCUGCAGCGCGUGCGUUCAAGACAUGGGGAAAGACCACCGCGAAGCACCGGCACGAUAUCCUCCUCCGCUUCCACGCGCUCAUGCAGGAGCACCAAGAUGAUUUGGCGAGGAUAAUCACAUUGGAAAAUGGCAAGCCUCUGGCGGAGGCUAAGGGUGAAAACGCGUACAGCGCGUCUUUCCUCGAGUGGUUUGCCGAGGAGGCAGUGCGAACCUAUGGAGAGGUCAUACCAUCGCCGUUCGCCAAUCUUCGAAAUGUCGUAGUCAAGCAACCCAUCGUUUCGUGUUACCUCGUCGGCGAAUAG